GCAAGACGACCAUAUGGGGCAAGAGGAACAAUUGCUCGUGUGGCCGUAAUUUAUACAAUUUUAAUAUUUCGAGUAUGAGGAAUUGUUGCUUGCAAUGCAAUAAGUUAAUUUUUCUAUAAUUUAGCCACCAUAAUGAGGUAAACGCCCCAGGACAGUGAAUUGAAAGUUGUUUUCUUAAAACCCUUGUUUUGUUAUAAGAUUUGAAUGGCACAAAAUAAGGUUUAGCUGCACAUUAAAAGAAUUUUCAAUAUUUUUUCUUUCAACACAUCAAAGUUAAAACAAUUAAAAAUAAUUUGCUUUCAUUUUUUUUGAAAAUUGUUUUUGGGCAAAAUUUUGCGAGACAUUUCAAAUAAAAAAAUAGUGCGGGGCAAGUGGAACAAAGUUUUGCGGGGCAAGUGCACCACCUUCCAGUUGCGAGAGAACCUAACCUCAGUUGUCAAACUUCUCAGUUUGCUGUCAAACUUCGCAAGUGUGAGACGCUGUGAAAGAUGGUCCGGAAUUACAAGCGGAUUUCGGUCCGUAAGUCUUGGAGUCAAGAAGCCUUGACCGCGGCAAUCGAAGCCGUACAGGCCGGAUCCACCGUAAACCGAGCGGCGCUCUCCCACGGUGUGCCGAGGCCAACGCUCCGAAAGUAUUUGUUGUUGGUGGGGCCUCCGGACGAAAAUCGUAACCUGGGUCGGUUCAAGCCAGUUUUCACUGCCCAGCAAGAGCGAGAGCUGGUCGAUUACAUUCUGGCCAUGGAAGUUACUCUCUACGGGGUCACGUCAUUGGAAAUGCGCAGUUUGGCCUACCAGCUGGCCACCAUCAACAGAAUCGACCACCCCUUCGACAACGGCACGGAGCUGGCUGGCAAGGAUUGGCUGUACGGAUUCCGCAUGCGCCACCCGGAACUUUCGCUGCGAGCACCGGAAGCAACCUCUGCAGCCCGAGCCCAAGGGUUCAAUAAGGUGGCCGUGGACCAAUUUUACGACAUUGUAGAAGCUGCACUCUCUACUGGGAAGUUCCGGAAGCCCAGUCAGUUUAAAAACGUGGACGAAACGUGCGUGGUUACUGUUCAAAGCAAGCGGUCGAAGAUCUUGGCGUUGAAGGGACGGCGACAGGUUGGGGCCAUAACUUCAGCAGAGCGUGGUGUCUUGUCCACGGCUUGCAUCUCGUCGUCGGCGUGCGGCCAAUACCUGCCCCCGAUGUUAAUUUUUCCUAGAUGCCGUAUUACGGAGCAUCUGAAGCGCGGAGCUCCACCAGGCACCGUAUUUGCGGGGAAUCCAACGGGAUGGAUGACAGUCGACAUAUUUAUUAAAUGGUUUGACCAUUUUUUGGCGCAUACGAAGCCGUCGGCGGAAGAUCCGGUUAUACUAUUCCUGGAUGGCCACGCUUCGCACACGAAAAACUUGGCCUUCAUUGAAAAGGCCAGGGCCAAUCACGUGACCGUGAUCAGUUUCCCUCCGCAUUCUAGCCACAAACUGCAGCCAUUGGACGUCAGCUUCAUGGGGCCGCUGAAGUCCAACUUCUCCCAAGUCAUCGAGAGAUAUCUCAAGGCCAAUCCGGGGAAGGCCGUCACGAUAAACGACGUCAGCGAACUGCUUGGGGACGCGUAUCUGAGAUCGGCGACGCCGAAGAACGCAAUCGUCGGUUUUGAUAAAACCGGAUUGUGGCCAUUCAACCGCCACAACUUUAAACUGGAAGACUUCGCAGCGGCCAAGGCGACAGACGUGUUGGAUAACUUCGAAACAGAUCAAGAGAAACCCUUGUGUCCACCUCCCGCUCCUGUUGAGCCGACUCCCGGACAGCAUCCAGUCCCUGCUGAGCCAAGCUCCAAGCAGUCCCUGCUGAGCCCUGUAGAUCCGAUUUCCGGACAGCCUCCUGUUCCUGAUGAACCGAGUGUCGGACAGCGCCCAGACCUUGCUGAGUCAACCUCCAAGCAGACCCUGCUGAGCCCUGUUGAGCCGAUUUCUGGACAACCUCCUGUUCCUGUUGAACCGACCUCCGGGCAGUCCCUGCUGAGCCCUGGUGAGCUGACUCCAGGACGGCAAGGGUUCACAGUUUCUCCGGAAGCUAUCAAGCCGCUUCCAAAAGUGGCUGGGCGGAAAAUUGCUAGCGGACGGCGUCGUCAAAAGGCUACAGAACUUACCUCCGACACCUACCGGAACGCGUUGAAGGCAUCUGAGGCCAACAAAGAAGUCUCAGAGAUCAGGAAGUCGAAGAAACGAUUGGCCAAAGUGACGUCCGAAACCUCCACGAAGAAGAAGAAGCGGGAUGGCAAGGCGGGAAAAGAGAACGUAAACGACUCGUUGUGUGCGAUCUGCGGAGCGGUUUUCAGCAACUUUAACGAUGAUUCUGAAUGGGAGAAGUGCCACACCUGUGCGGAAUGGUUCCACUGCUGCGUGGACAAUUCGUGCCCGACUUGCAACGUUUAAAUUUAAG